AUGGCCGUCGAUCCCUUUGAUUCAGCUCUCGACCUCCUGCGCCGCCUCAAUCCUAAGCAGACAACCGACCAUCUUAACGCUAUUAUCUCUAUCGCCCCUGAUCUGACCGAAGAUCUCCUCUCAUCUGUCGACCAGCCCCUCACCGUGCGCCGCUGCAAGCAGACAGGCCGAGACUACCUCCUCUGCGAUUACAACCGUGAUGGUGAUAGCUACCGCUCACCGUGGUCCAACCAGUUCGACCCGCCUCUGGAUGAGGCUGGAUCUGGAGGUGUAGGUGCUGGCGGUAAUGAGGGUGCGGGCGAAGGUGCGAUCCCGAGCGAGCGUGUUCGCAAGAUGGAAGUCAAGGCGAACGAGGCUUUCGACGUCUACCGUGAUUUAUAUUACGAAGGUGGUGUGAGCAGUGUCUAUUUCUGGAAUCUUGACGAUGGAUUCGCAGGAGUUGUGCUCCUCAAGAAAUCUUCUCCUCAAGGCGGCAAUUCCGAGGGUGUCUGGGACUCUAUCCAUGUUUUCGAGGCCAUCGAACGAGGAAGAAGCACCCACUAUAAGCUAACAUCUACUGUGAUUUUGACAUUGUCAACUUCUGGUGGUAACUUGGGUGAAAUGGACCUGAGCGGCAACAUGACACGCCAGGUCGAACAGGAUCUCCCUGUCGAGAACGACGAUAGUCACAUUGCCAACGUCGGACGAUUGGUUGAGGAUAUGGAACUCAAGAUGCGCAAUCUACUGCAAGAGGUUUAUUUUGGCAAGGCCAAGGAUGUUGUGGGUGACCUGAGGAGCAUUGGUAGCUUGAGCGAGGGAGCACGAGACCGUGAGGCGCAGCGAGAACUCAUUGGAAGCAUGAGGAAAUGA